AUGGCCGCUCCGCCGCGCCGCCGCUCCGCGUCUCCGGCCCCGCUGCCGCCGGUUCCUCCGGCGCUGCUGGUGCUGGCGGUGCUGCUGGGCGGCGGGCCCGGCGCGGCGGCGGUGGCGGCGGCGGCGGCGUCGCGGGAACCCCCCGGUCCGUGCCGCGUGAAGACGGUCACCGUGUCCACGCUGCCGGUGCUCCGCGAAAACGACAUCAGCUGGAGCGGAGCCCCGCCGCCCGCCGCCGCCGAUUCCCGUCUGCUGCUCUUCGUCCGCAGCGAGCUGCCCGGCCGCGUCGCCGUGCAGGACGAUCUGGAUAACACCGAGCUGCCCUUCUUCACCCUCGAGAUGUCGGGGACGGUGGCAGACAUCUCGUUGGUGCACUGGAAGCAGCAGUGGUUGGAAAACGGCACCCUGUACUUCCAUGUCUCCAUGAGCAGCGCCGAGCAGCUCUCCCGGGCCACUCCUCCCAGCCUCCAGGAGCCUUCCGAGAUCGUGGAGGAGCAGAUGCACAUCCUUCAUAUCUCCGUCAUGGGUGGGCUGAUCGCUCUGCUCCUGCUCCUCUUGGUCUUCACAGUGGCUCUGUACGCCCAGCGGCGCUGGCACAAGCGCCGCCGCAUCCCGCAGAAGAGUGCCAGCACCGAGGCCACCCACGAGAUCCACUACAUCCCCUCUGUGCUGCUGGGCCCCCAGGCCCGAGAGAGCUUCCGCAACUCUCGCCUGCAGGCCCACAACUCGGUCAUCGGCGUGCCCAUCCGCGAGACCCCCAUCCUGGAUGACUACGAGGACGAGGAGGAGGAGGAGACGCCGCAGCGGGCAGAACCCAGCACCAGGGAGGAUGAGUUUGGCAGCCAGGUGACGCGGACGCUGGAGAGCCUGGGCCGGGGUGGGGAGGAGAAGCCUGACUACGAGAAGAAAGCUCCCGAGGUGACUCAGGAGACGGUGGAGUCCCUGAUGCAGAAGUUCAAGGAGAGUUUCCGCACCAACACUCCCAUCGAGAUCGGGCAGCUCCAGCCCGCGCUGCGCAGCACUUCUGUGGGGAGACGCAAACGCCGGAGCCGACCCCGAGGUGGCAUCGGCUUUGGUCGCGCCAAAGGGAACUCUGGCUCAGAGGCGGAUGAUGAAACCCAGCUCACCUUUUACACCGAGCAGUACCGGAGCAGGAGGCGAAGCAAAGGUUCGAUGAAAAGCCCUGUCAACAAGACAGCCCUGACUCUGAUUGCCGUCAGCUCCUGCAUCCUGGCCAUGGUGUGUGGCUCGCAGCUCUCCUGUCCGCUGACUGUCAAGGUGACACUUCAUGUCCCCGAGCACUUCAUUGCUGAUGGCAGCAGCUUCGUUGUGAGUGAGGGGAGCUACCUGGACAUCUCCGACUGGCUGAACCCAGCCAAGCUGUCCCUUUAUUAUCAGAUCAAUGCCACGUCUCCCUGGGUGAGAGAUCUCUGUGGCCAGAGGACCACCGAUGCCUGUGAACAGCUGUGUGACCAAGAGACAGGAGAGUGCAGCUGUCAUGAAGGCUAUGCCCCGGACCCCAUGCAUCGCCACCUGUGUGUGCGCACUGACUGGGGACACAGCGAAGGGCCGUGGCCCUACACCACACUUGAGAGAGGAUACGACUUGGUCACAGGAGAGCAAGCUCCGGAGAAGAUACUCAGGUCCACGUAUAGUCUGGGACAAGGCCUGUGGCUGCCUGUCAGUAAGAGCUUCGUGGUGCCCCCCGUGGAGCUCUCUAUCAAUCCUCUUGCCAGCUGCAAGACAGAUGUUCUGGUGACGGAAGAUCCGGCAGAUGUCAGGGAAGAAGCGAUGCUGUCCACCUACUUUGAAACCAUCAAUGAUUUGCUCUCCUCUUUCGGGCCGGUCCGGGACUGCUCUCGCAACAACGGCGGCUGCACCCGCAACUUCAAGUGCGUUUCCGAUCGCCAGGUGGAUUCGACAGGCUGCGUGUGCCCCGAGGACCUGCGGCCCAUGAAGGAUGGCACCGGCUGCUACGAUUACUCCAAAGGCAUCGACUGCUCAGACGGCUUCAACGGCGGCUGUGAGCAGCUCUGCCUGCAGCAGACGCUCCCCCUGCCCCACGACCCCUCCUCCAGCACCAUCUUCAUGUUCUGCGGGUGUGUGGAGGAGUACAAGCUGGCCCCUGAUGGCAAGUCCUGCCUCAUGCUGUCCGACAUCUGCGAGGGCCCCAAGUGCCUGAAGUCGGAUGCCAAGUUCAACGACACGCUCUUUGGGGAGAUGCUGCACGGCUACAACAACAGGAGCCAACACGUCAACCAGGGCCAGGUGUUCCAGAUGACUUUCAGGGAGAACAACUUCAUCAAGGACUUCCCGCAGCUGGCUGAUGGGCUGCUGGUCAUCCCGCUGCCCGUGGAGGAGCAGUGCCGUGGGGUGCUGUCUGAGCCCCUGCCCGACCUCCAGCUCCUCACUGGAGACAUCAAGUAUGACGAGGCGAUGGGUUACCCCAUGGUGCAGCACUGGCGGGUCAGGAGCAACCUGUACCGCGUGAAGCUCAGCUCCAUCACCCUCUCUUCAGGCUUCGCCAACAUCCUGAAGAUCCUGAGCAAGGACAGCAGCCGGGAGGAGCUGCUCUCCUUCAUCCAGCAGUUUGGCUCCCACUACAUCGCUGAGGCUCUGUACGGCUCCGAGUUCAGCUGCACCAUCCACUUCCCCAGCAAGAAGGUGCAGCAGCAGCUGUGGCUCCAGUACCAGAAAGAAACAACUGAGCUGGGGAACAAGAAGGAAUUGAAAUCCAUGCCGUUCAUCACCUAUCUCUCGGGCUUGCUGACAGCGCAGAUGCUUUCUGACGACCACCUCAUCUCAGGUGUGGAGAUCCACUGUGAGGAGAAAGGGCGCUGCCCAUCCACGUGCCACUUGUGCCGGCGCCCAGGCAAGGAGCAGCUCAGCCCCACGCCGGUCCUGCUGGAGAUCAACCGCGUGGUGCCCCUGUAUGCCCUGAUCCAGGACAACGACACCAGGGAGGCUUUCAGAGGCGCGCUGAUGAGCUCAUAUUGGUGCUCUGGGAAAGGCGACGUGAUCGAAGACUGGUGCAGGUGUGACCUCAACGCCUUCGACGAGAACGGGCUCCCGAACUGCAGCCCCCUCCCUCAGCCUGUCCUGCGGCUGUCCCCCAGUGUGGAGCCCUCCAGCACUGUGGUCUCCCUGGAGUGGCUGGAUGUGCAGCCUGCCAUUGGGACGAAGGUGUCUGACUACGUCCUGCACCACAAGAAGGUGGAUGAGUACACAGACACAGACCUCUACACAGGAGAAUCUUUAAGCUUUGCAGAUGAUUUGCUUUCUGGCCUUGCAACGUCCUGUGUGGCAGCGGGUCGGAGCCAUGGAGAUGUCCCUGAAACCAGCCUCUACUCAGUUAUUUUCAAGUGCCUGGAACCAGAUGGUCUCUACAAGUUCACUCUGUAUGCGGUGGACACACGAGGGAGACACUCUGAGCUGAGCACGGUCACCCUGAGGACAGCCUGCCCACUGGUAGAUGACAGCAAGGCAGAAGAGAUAGCUGACAAAAUCUACAACCUCUAUAAUGGCUACACCAGUGGGAAGGAGCAGCAGACAGCCUACAACACGCUGAUGGAGGUCUCUGCUUCCAUGCUGUUCCGAGUCCAGCACCACUACAACUCCCACUAUGAGAAGUUCGGAGACUUUGUCUGGCGUAGCGAAGACGAGCUGGGGCCCAGGAAGGCACACCUGAUCCUGCGGAGGCUGGAGAAAGUCAGCAGUCACUGCUCAACGCUGCUCCGCAGCUCCUACAUCCAGAGCCGCACCGAGACCAUGCCCUACCUGUUCUGCCGCAGCGAGGAGGUCCGGCCUCCUGGCAUGGUGUGGUACAGCAUCCUAAAGGACACCAAAGUCACGUGCGAGGAGAAGAUGGUCUCCAUGCUGCGCAACACCUACGGGGAGUCCAAGGGGCGGUGAGGGACGGUGCCGGCCUGGAGCUGUGGGAGGCAGAGGGACUCCGAGGAGUCGAGGACUCGUGAUGUGCUGAGUGCUGCUGGGGUUCGGGGACGGGAGGUAUUCAGAGGGGUGAAAGGGGGCAGCGAGGCCAAGCAGGACUUUCUCACAUCAAUGGCAGAGAAACGCGAAAUCUGCAAGUUGGACUUUAAUUUCCUUUCCUUUCGUUUUUUAUUUUUUUCCAGAGGAAACAAACAAACAAACAAACAAAAAAAAAAAAAAAAAAACACAACAAAAACCAACCAACCAACCAACAAAAACCCAACACCUGAUUUGACUCAGCGCAAAAGUCUCUCCUUUUUAAUCUUUUCUUACUGAAUUUCCUGGACUACACACUCCGAAACGCUGGGAGGAGGCGAUACCCGCAGGAGGCGAGAGCCUGAGCAGGGGAACUUCUGGGCCUGGGGAUCCCCUGCCCACCCGGAGCUGUGGGGCCAGGAAUUUGGUGCCACGUUGGCCGAGGACGCCAGGAGCAUCCCAGCUGUGAGCGCGUGGCCCAGAGGUGGAUGCCAGGCAGGUGCCAGGACGUUGUGGACACGCUGGGGGUUUUUUACCACUCCAAGGUAGCAGAAUGGCUCCGUGCCUUCGUUCGCAAGGCUCCCGGCAGCUCGUUCUGUGCAUUAAAGGUUCAUAUUAAGUCCA